AUGUCAGUCACAAUUAACACCGGCUAUCAAGGCACCAUGGAGCGUCGACGGCGGCGAAUCAGCCAGUGCGACUCGUCAAACAAAGACUACGACAGACAUGAUUCUUACAGUUUCAACAAUCCAUGCAGCAUCAACCCUUUCAACGUCAGUGGAACCUCCAUAAACCGUCCUGUCACCUACACAAACCACCAAUGGGUCGAUUUGUUUCCGACCAACUCCGAUGGGCAAGCGAUUCAGCCUCAUCAUCGAGAUUAUGUAAACAAGAACGUUAUUAUGAACGAUGUUAUGGCCGAGAGCUUCCGAAGUCAAAUCAUAGAAUCCUUACAAAUUGAAAAUUCCACAAUUUCAACUCUGAAUACGGUCGAGUCCCCUCCUAUUUCCGCUACAGACUUUCAAGCAGGGGAGUCCAGCAGAUUCUCAAGAGGGAAUGAUCAAAAUGAUAAUUUUCGCGGCCAGAACAAACUCAUUCCGCCAUCCACAAAUGUAGAGUGCCUCGACACUAGAAUCGGCGUCGAUUGGAAAUCCAUGACUUAUCCCGCUUGUCUGCCCCUAACAACGGCGAAAAAGCUCAAUGCGAAUGACUUGACACGACAAAAAGGGGCUUAUAAACACGCAAAUCCGUAUAAAUGGAUCCAGUUGGAUAACGAAAAUCGCUCCGAGUUCGCCUUCCGCUCGAUAAAAGAGAAGUUUUAUGAGCUCGUGAAUCAACGAAUCGCGCAAGGGUUUCAAAUCGUAAGAAGCUAUGAUGACGGGCAGAAGAAACGAGACAAGGAUAAUUCAACAACGGAAACGAUGGUGGUUCUUCUGGGCCCAUUUGUGCAUCAUUUUGAAUUCAAUAGUCGAAAUGGAGCUGCAAAAGGCGCCGAUAGUCCAUUGAAACUGACAUGUUACGGCAACCAGUGGGAAACGAUGGCUCUUGCCGAAUCUUCCAUUUACAAGUUUUCUUUUGCCAUUGCUAGAAGCCGCUUUGAACCAAGAGAGAUGGACUUUCUUCCGCGUUUUGGAAGAGGAUUGCUCAAAGUUGAGAAUUUGGAUAAAGUUAUUGAAAAGCCCAUUCAAGAAAACCUCGAGGACUAUCAGCUUCAAUGGGAUAGAUACUCGUGGAAGUGUCGCUUCGUUUUUGUAAUGGACAGGCAAGUGCCGGCUGAACCUCAUAGAAUCCGAGCAGCGCACGAUGAUUUCAUGAAGCUUCUUACCCAAGUCAUCAACGACAACGUAGAAGUCGACGCGAAGAGAAACAACCCCAUUCCUAUUCACCAUCCCUCCGGACGAAAAAUAUCCCAAGACAACUCAGCUCGUCCAUCGUCGCCAAAGUCGAUCGUGCAAAGCUUCAAAGGAAAUUCAGAUAAGCCAGAAACUCCUGCCGGUCGACCUUACACAGGCCAUGCAAAAGAUUUGGACGACUUAAUCGCCAAACUCGAGGAAUCGCCAAUAACUUUUUACAAAAUCUGGAAGCCGAAUAUGCCAGCAGGAGCAGAGAAAGAGAAAGUCGGGUUUUUCUCAAUGCAUGCUGUGCAAUGGCUGAUCUCCCACUGGGGAUGCGCUGAUAAGGCGCAAGCGAAGGAGUGGCUCAGUCAUCUGUUGAAUACAAGACGCAUUUUGGCUAAAGAUGACAAUGAAUCUUGCAUACGAGUUGGAUUUUACUUCUACCACAUAAAUGAUAAUUUGAACGAAGAUGACGACUUGCUCGACCAAGCUGAUGAUUAUGGACUGGACGACGAAGAAGACGAAGAGAAUUGCAUCCCAUUAAUCGAAGUCAAGUUCCCGGAAAUGUCCGACUAUCGAAUCCUCGGUCGAUUACGGAAUGAGUGCAAGACUCAAACUCAAACAAUCAAAAAGAUCAUUCCAAGACGCAAUAUCAAGACAGUGCAAAAAUGCUGCGAAGGCGCCUGUUGUGCAAGCAAUCAGCAACGAUUCGAGUGGUAUCAAGUCUAUUACUGCCCUAGACACAAUCCAAUCUUCGAUGCUUUCACACUCAUGCAUCAGUGGCUCGCCGCCACACCAGCCAAGAUAUGCGAAAGUGCUCACACGAUGAUGUUCAACGCAAGAAAAGCUGGUUUCAAUAUGAUACCGUGUCCCGAAGACCCUUUCGAUAUGUCUGGAGAGCCGUUCAAACAAGUGAAGCAAUUUGAUAUUAGAUGGGUAGUUAGCAAUCAAGAGAAAUCCUGGCACGAGAAGCUGAACAAGCUUGAGCUCGUUGAUGUUGUUUCCUCACUUUUCUUCGAGCUCGGGUUUUUCUACGAUUCGUAUUUCAAGCAGAAGACUGCGCAUCAAAACCUAUUCCAGUUUAUUCACAAAACGGGAUCCUUCUUUUUGCUAAUUGAGCUUGAAUCUGAUUCAGAGUCAUACUACGCGGGAUAUCCAGUCUUGAUAAAGUGGAUCUUGAAUCCUUUAAUAAGGUCACGCAAGUGGGCCAUCUCAUCACAAGAAAAGUGUGAAGGAGAAGCGAAAAGCAUUUGCAGCGAAAUUGAGAAAAUAAUCUCGGAUACAACGGAGAACGGUCGAAUCUACCAACAGUAUCUGAAAAUCAAAGAAGUUCCAAAACCUGUUGAAUUGUUCAAUUAA